UAAAAAUAAAAAUGAUGUGAUUUGAUUAUUUACUUUGAAGCAGAAACAUCAAAUGUGGGAUUGUUUGAGAUUCCUGUUUGCAUGCUGCUGGUUUUCUUUGUCUUCUGUGAGAGUAAAUUAGAUAUCCUGGGGUGCUGGGGAACAUGUGGUCGCCAUUUUUUAAAAACAAUAUCACAGAAGAGCAAUCUUCAGUUGCAGCCUGUGUUGCUCUAUCUGCGCUUAUCGCAACUGCAACUGUCACCUCGGAGCCCAGAGGCAGCGUCCUCUCCGGGAGGAGGUCUGUGCUCGGUGAGCGGGCAGCGUCCUCUCCGGGAGGAGGUCUGUGCUCGGUCCUCUCCGGGAGGAGGUCUGUGCUCGGUGAGCAGGCAGCGCCGCCCUCUGCAGCCCGCAGCACAUCCACGUCAGGCAGCUCAGGAUUCAAACACAGAUCAGUCCACAACACAGACACACGCAUCUCUCUGCUCCAAGGUCACCGAGCGGCAGCCUGCACAGGACACACACACGCACACACACCUUCAUCCAUCCACCCACCCCCCUUCAAAAAGUGAAUAGUCAGCGUUGAGGUGGGCCAGUGAUGCCGCCCCCAGCCGCGAAUCCCCCCGCCGUGCCCCCACCAGACGGCGGUUGGGGUUGGGCUGUGGUGUUCGCAUGUUUUAUAUCCAUAGGCUUCUCGUAUGCCUUCCCCAAAGCCAUCACAGUCUACUUCAAGGACAUCCAGAACAUCUUCGAUGCCUCUUACAGUCAGAUCGCAUGGAUCUCCUCAAUCAUGCUCGCGGUCAUGUAUGCUGCAGGUCCCAUCAGCAGUAUACUGGUCAAUACAUAUGGUUGCAGGCCGAUUGUCAUGAUGGGGGGCUGCCUCUGUGCCACUGGCAUGAUCUUAGCCUCCUUCUGCACCAGCGUGUUGCAGCUUUACCUCUGCAUAGGAGUUAUCGGUGGACUUGGACUAGCCUUCAACUUGCAACCAGCACUGACGAUGAUUGGCAAAUACUUCUAUAAGAAGCGGCCCAUUGCUAACGGGCUGGCAAUGGCAGGCAGUCCAGUGUUCCUCAGCACCUUGGCUCCUCUCAACCAGUACCUUUUCAAUCACUUUGGCUGGAGAGGCAGCUUCCUCAUCCUGGGUGGUCUGCUACUGAACUGCUGUGUGGCUGGUUCCCUCAUGAGGCCUCUGAGACCGCCACCUAGCAAAGUAAAAAAAGACGAAGAGUUAGCCAUCGUCACCACAACAAAAGAGAAGAGCACUGUUUGGCAAACCGUCAACAAAUACUUGGACCUGACACUCUUCAAGCAUCGUGGUUUCCUCAUUUACCUGUCUGGUAAUGUCAUCAUGUUCCUUGGCUUCUUUGCACCUAUUGUCUUCCUUGCAGCCUAUGCUAAGGACAUGGGUGUGGAUGAGUACUCAGCUGCUUUUUUACUCUCAAUUCUGGCUUUUGUCGACAUGUUUGCCAGGCCAUCUAUGGGACUAUUGGCCAACUCGCGCUGGGUCCGUCCCAGGAUCCAAUAUUUCUUUAGCUUUGCGGUGCUAUACAAUGGGGUGUGCCACAUCCUCUGUCCACUGGUGGAAAGCUACACAGGUCUGGUGGUGUAUGCAAUGUUCUUUGGCUUUGCCUUUGGCAUGGUUAGCUCAGUGCUUUUUGAAACACUGAUGGACCUGGUUGGGGCUCAGAGAUUCUCCAGUGCUGUUGGACUCACCACCAUUGUGGAGUGCUGCCCGGUCCUCAUUGGUCCACCACUAGCAGGCAAACUGGUCGAUAUCACAAAAAACUACAAAUACAUGUAUUUUAGCUGUGGAGCUAUUGUGAUUGUGGCAAGUAUUUGGCUCUUCAUUGGAAACUUCAUUAACUACAGACUCUUAGAACGUGAGCGCAAGCAAGCAGAGAUGUACAAACAGACUGAGACGGAAGAUCCAGACCGUGCUCGGGAUCAGAAGGAGGCUGAUGGUAAAGCCCAGGCGUCAGAAGAGCUGGUUGACAAAGAAGACGAGGAGGCAAUGCAGAGGGAAACUAACAUCUAGCUGUUGCUGCAGAGUAGGACGAGGAGGCAAUGCAGAGGGAAACCAAUGUUGGUUUCCCUCUGCAUUGCCUCCUCGUCGACGAUGAGAUUGGACGAGGACGGGAGGACGAGGAGAUUGCCUCCUCGUCCUCCCUUUAGCACCGUCCUACGAUCAAACUGAGCUCCAAGCCAAGCGGGGCUUUGCGGUGUUCGACCAGGUUCUAUUCAGAGUUGUCUGCACUUCUCUAAACGCUUACUGCCAAAGCAACAAUUGAGUUGUAGGAAGCUGUGAGCUGUUAUGUCUGUUUGUCAGAGUGAGUAUAACAGAUAUAUUAACCAGAGAGAAAAGUGUAAGAUAAUGUAUGCAUGUGAAGAGGUCAGAAAAUGGAAUAGAAAACAGUAAACUACUAAAUAUAUUUUCCUUUUUGCCACGUUCACCUCAUAUCGGAUUUAUUGUAAAUACAAGACUGCAAUUGGGGGGAAAAGUACGCUCCCAACUGAAAUUGUAUCAACUAAGAGCUUACAUUGCACCAAAUCCACAGAUGUUAGCAGAUUUUUAGAAAAUGAUUUACAUUCACAGUCAGACAAUCAGUAAUUAAGUAUUAUUUGCUGCAGUUUGUUUCUGGUUGAUUUUGUUUCAACAAGUUGAAAUAUUCCAAGCUGUAGCAACAAACAUUCUUCCGAUAUGACGUGAAUGUAGUGUCAGCAUGUUGUCACUGUUCCAACAGCACCAGCAACCUGAAUUCAUGUUAAAAAUGGAAUCUAUCAUCGUCACAAUGAAGUCUUGGUAAAAAUUCAAAGGUUACAUUUAUAAGACGAGGCAGUGAAAUGAUUUCUUGAUGGGUAGAAGGCACAGGUUUGAUGCUAAUACCAGCCAGUGUCCAUUCGAGGGUGAAGUUUUGUGAGUAACACUGAUUACUAACUGUGCCACGAUUAAUUUGAUGUAUGAGUUGCAUUUUUGCCUCUUUUAGGAGAUUUGAAAGGCUGGAAUAACUUCAUAGAAGCAAAAGCUUGAAAAAUUUGGUUAUGUGGUUGGUCGCUUAGCUUUAUGGGAAGCAAAAACUCCUGACAACUUGUUGCUUGUGUUCACAGUAUGAAUGCAGUGUUUGCAAUCCCAGUGCGCUGGAAAUGGUUAAUCCAUCUGGUGAUUUGUGUUAAAGCAAGGACGCAAAAUCCUAACUGCACUGCAUUUAAUACGGCAACCGGGUGCCCUAAAAUUCCCACUUUUCAUAGAUAGAGAACAGAUGUGUACACAGCUGGUGACGCUGGUGCUCGUGUAUUUUGCUGCCCGCCUGAGCACUGUAAUGUUGUGUAGUAAAGCCUGCACAAACGUCCCACUUUAGUACUUUCGAUCAAGUCAUGAAAUGCUUCCUGUCAGUUGUCUAUUGUUCCAUAUUGCACUUGUAUACAGUAUGUUGCACUAUGAUAGAAAUGGCCAUACUUCACCCCAAACAUCUUUAUAAAACUGCUGCAAUUCAAUGAUUUUCGUUAUGGUUGAAUGUAAUUUCCUCUGUGGGCCUUAAUAAGGUAUUAAUGACCAAAAACCAUCUGCAUAUUAGCGGGUUUUAUACACAGACCCCAUGAGCAAUAUAAUAUUUGUCUUGUGGUCAGCUUGACACUUCAUUCUCUGAUACAUUGCCUUAAAAGUAAUGUAACAAAUGCAGGGGAGUUGUACAGUGAAUACUCAAUAGUAUUGUACGAAGUUCAACCUAUGUUAAGGUGUUAAAUGUGAUCCACUUGUGUUAUUUGCUGUGAUUAACUUUAAAACUCACAAGAAGUCACUUUAAUCUCCUCCAUAUGUCUCUGUACAUUUCUGUAUUCAAGUGUUGAAGCUACGAGAUUAAGUAUUGUUAUUCUGUAUAGUCUUUUCAUGAACUAAUUCACUAACAUCAUUAACACACCAGUAUGGAAUAGUACUACUAAUUACUGAUGCUAAUAAGACUACAUGUUUGUAUUGUGUGCAAAAUGUACCAGAUGAACAUACCGUAUUAUGUAACAGUCUAAAUGUUGCUGUAAAUGUCACUUUUGUUCAAUAUUCUAUCCAUUCCAUGUGUUUUUGUGAGUGUCCUGCUGUGUUGUUGAUCAGAUUUCAUCUCAAGCUUUUGGUCUCAAUUGCCGUCUCAGAUGUCCUAACAAAGCCAAACACAUUUUAAUAACAAAUGUAAUCUAUCAAAGCAGUCAUGAACAAAGAACAAUGUUAUUGUCCUCAUUUCUUUUGUUUUGAGCUUUGAAUAGUUGAAUGUGUUGUCAUGAAAAUGGAUUUCCAGCUGUGUAGCGAAGGUUCUCAACCAUGUACCGUCCACUUAAGAGUCAUGCCAAGCAAACGCUACGUAGCUGUGAAACCUUCUUGGAGGUCGUUGUAUUUGUCUGGAUGAAUUCUGAAGCUAAUGGCAGAGCAACGUUGAGAAUAUUUGCUAUGCCAUUUACUGUAAAUAAGAUCAGUUGGAAAUAUUUGCACACUUUUGUUUGUUUAACUAAGCUCUUGACAUUUUUGAGAGUUCUUUUGAACCAUUUUGAGAUGAGCUAGUCUUGGUUGUGUCCCAUCAUCAUGUGGACAAACCCAGUUAUUAUUUAACACGUGUAACUUUAACUUAGCUAUUCAGAUUCAAUCCCAUAAUCCACUUAGUUCACCAGCAUUUCAUGCCGUUUUUCGACAGUAUGUCUGUAUUCUUUAUAGCUUUGA